AUGUCUAGCUCUACUAUAGACACAGUUGAGAAGUCAGCUAAACCUCACUUUGAAGAAGAAGCUGAACCUGCUAUCGACCAUGUGAAUGAGCCCCGUCUUCGCCCCGAGGUUCCAGAUGAAGGAUUUUGUGAUAUAAAGACCAAGUGCGAGGACGAAUCCAGUCGCCAAGAUAAGUCGUCUAACAAAACUGUCAAGCCUCGUCACGAUUUGGAGGCAGGUUUUGAAAAUAUAUCUCAUCACGAUGCCGAGGUUCAUUUUGACAGGGGAUGGGCGUGGGUGGUCUGUGCUACAACCUUCGUGAUGGAGUUUUUCGUGGGAGGACUUAUUACAAGCUCUGGAGUGAUAUAUGCUGCAUUAGUCGACGAGUUUAACAAGUCAAGAGCCGAAACAGGUGAGAAAACAUUUAAAUAUUCUGGUGUUGACCUUGCAUGAAUUGCAUGUAAUAAAAAACUUUCAUUUCAAGAAUCGUCAGUUUACCUUAAAUAGACCUUUUUAGCUUGUAUGGUUUGUCCUCCCAAUGAAGGUCUCAGGAAAAGUCGUCCCGUUGUCUUUUCAACAAUUAUGCUUGCAUAUGCCGCGAAUAAGAAAACAAAUUGAAAGAAGAAACAGUCCUCUUGAGUAUUAUUACAUAACCUACAUUGGGAAAACAAAAACAUACAAAUUAAGGGGUCUAUAAAAACGAGUUCUUUAAAGCUACGGUAAAACGGCAACAAAAACGUGUAACUUGUACAUGUUUUGAAACAAAUGUCUUGCAACAAAUUAAGUUGUUGCGAGUUGCGUGAAUACUGGCUUCUGAUUGGAUAAAAUUGCGCGGGAGUCACGCCAUUCACGGAGGUUACGUCACUUGUUGCAAAUAAAUUUACCUUGGGCCGGUAAAACACGCAACAUGUAGAGAUUCUGUUGCAAAAAGUAAAACUACUCCCUACUUUCCGCAACAAUUUUUCUCAAUCUGAUUUCUUGCAAGACAGGUUAGAUUCGUGGGUGAGAAAACGCGCAACAUCACUAUUCUAAACGUUAUGCAGCAAUUUUACAACUGAAAAACGUUGCAAGUUUCCGCUGCCCGUUUUAUCAUACCUUAAAAAAAAGAAGUUACCUGCUCAUACUUUCCUAGCCUGCGAACAAGCUCUCCGGGGAACGGGGCGCAUUGGCGGAACGAUCAUACUCAACCUGCCUUUUUAUAAUUUACUUUUCAGCUUGGGUUAGUUCUCUUGCAGUAUCCACGUACUACUUAUUUUUUCCACUCGGUGCCAUACUCAGCAAACGCUUUGGAUGCUGGGUUGUCGCCCUCCUUGGCACCCUGGCCUGUUCCAUCGGCUUACUAAGCUCAUCUUUUGUCACCAGUCUCCCGAUGUUGUACUUGACCUACAGUGUGGUGUGGGGCAUGGGUGCGUCCUUCGUGUACUUUGCUGAUUUGUUGAUUCUGACGAAGUACUUUAAAGCGAGGCUAGCGUUUGCCAAUGGGAUAAUGGCCCUCGGUGGCGCAGUAGGUGGAAGUAUUUUGAAUCCCACUAUGCAGCAAAUGUUUAUUCAUCUUGGACUUGCAAACAUGUUCCGUGUUCUCUCUGGGGUGUUUCUGAUCUUAUCCGUGUUUUCCCUGGUUUAUCGGCCAAAACGCGGCGUCUUUCCGCGUAACGGUGACAUUAUGGACACUGAAUGUGAGAAAAAGUGCACGUUUGACUGGGAAAUCUUGAAAAAUAAAGCGUUUAUCAUGUGGAUUGCUGUCAGUUUUAUCUUCAUGCUCGGAUACAUGGUCCCCUUUGUUCAUUUGGUGAGUAUUCUUGUAACAACGUCUUUAUAAGGGGCCACCACCCACUAUAUAUAAGUAGACUGAAUUGACCCUCUACUGCGAUAGGGAUACUAAGGGACACAAUUAUUCACAAAGUAAUAGGAUGAUCCAUUUCUCAUUCAGAACUUUCAUAGGGAUUCUUAACUUACUUUUCUAUUGAACAAGCCCAAGGCCUCUAAAGGGGUACACUGGAUGCGUCAUCUCGCUCAUAGUGCUUAAGUGCUGCUCGCUUUUAAUUUCGUCAUCCCAAAGAUAAAAAAUUCCUCUGGCGCCCAGGGUACCAAGGGGGCUCAUCUACAAUCAACUUUAAUUUUCUGUUUUUUGAGCGAUCUGUCAAAAAAACUGGCGUCAGUUUGUUUAAAGGCCAAGAAUUGUCAACUUUUAGGGUUCGUCGAUACAAACAAAACUUUAAUGAUUACUGAAAAGCAUAAAGUGCUUACAUACUCACACCCAGUAACUAAAACAAUCCUAGCCUGCGAUCAAGCUCUCUUGGGGCUCCCGGAGCAACGGGGAUGUGUGGGGGCAGGGGGGAAGGAGAGCUUGCACGCGCGUCUCAUAAAUUUGAACACUUAUCUGCGUCCCAGAAUGGAUGCAAAAUACUGAUUGGCUGAUUUGUAAUCAGGCGAUGACGCAAUGCUCCCCCGAGAGAGCUUGCUCUCCUUCCGUUUUCGUCCCGUCGAAAGAGUGCCCCGGAGAGCUAGCUCGCUAGCGAAAACAAUCCUAGAGAUCUUUUUUUUCUUUGUUUUCAGGUUCGCUUGGCUGAGGACAUUGGAAUUGACAAGACACGUGCGUCCCUUCUACUUACGUUCGUCACAGUCGGUUCGGCACUGGGUCGUAUAACCUUUGGUCGAAUCUCGGACUUCCGAGGCUUUAAUUGCGUGUACCUUGCCCAGUUGGCUUUUUUGGUUGCAGGAUUGAGCAAUUUUGUUGUGCCUUUGACGGAAUCGUAUAAUGUGUUGGCAGUAGGAGCCUUUAUAUUUGGUCUGUUUGGAGCCUGUUACCUCGUUCUAAACCCAGUCAUCGUGUGUGACAUUCUAGGCCCCCAAAAAGUAUCCUAUGGCUUAGGCAUUACUUUUUUUGUAAUCGCUAUCCCUCGGACUUUGGGGCCACUCAUCGCCGGAUGGAUUUAUGACGGGUUUCAAAGCUAUGCACUCGCUUUCUACACUUUGGGUGGUACUACCUGUCUAUCCGCCAUUUUGACAGGUAUUGUUCCAAUUUUGCUUCGCCAAAUGGGUAAAUAUGAAAUGGACGGUGAAUCCGCAAAGAAAACUCAAGUCGAACCG